GUUUCUCCAGACGCGAUGCGGCCUUCUAUCAGCUCACAGGAAACGGACGCGCGCUUUCUUCUUGUGCGUCACUCUGCUCCGUGUCAUACUUGAGGGGCCGCCCUUCCCGCAUUGUCCAGAAACGAGCUGCCUCGGCUUCUUACGAAGGUGAGCCAACGGAUUUGCCAACUUUGCUACUUUUAGGAUGGGGUGCUUCAAGACCAAAAGCCCGGAGCAGAAGGUCAACGAUAAACUGAACGGAGUCAUUCAACAGUGGAAGAAAAGAGAAGGAGGCCUCAUCAAAAUUCUUCUUCUCGGAGCCGGAGAGUCUGGCAAAACCACCAUUUUGAAACAAAUGACUAUUCUCCACAGAAACGGCUUCACCUCGGAAGAACGGACCGAAAAAGCGCACGAAAUUCGCUGGAACCUCCUGGAAGCGAUGAAGGAACUCACCAUGCACAUGGCAACUCUCAAUCCUCCCGUCGAGUUGGAAGAUUCAGCGAAUGAGGAAAGCUUCAAGUUCGUGCAAAGCCUGUACCUCUUAGCUGAUUAUGAGUUCCCUCAAUGUUUCUAUUUUCACAUCAAGAGGUUGUGGAGUGAUGCCGGUGUUCAGGAGUGCUACAGGAGAUCAAAUGAGUUCUUUCUAAUCGAAUCCUCGAAGUACUUCCUCGACCAGAUCGACGUAAUCUCGGAUGAAAGCUACAUCCCAACAGAGCAGGACAUUCUUCGCUGUCGAAGGCGCACGACGAACGUGAAGAAAGUGGAAUUCGAAGCAACCAUUCCUAAGAAAUACGGGCAUGGGAUACAAGAAUUCUGGAUGUUUGACGUGGGCGGUCAGCGGGGUGAGCGUCGCAAGUGGUUCUCGGUGUUCGCUGGCAUCGACGCGGUGCUUUUCUUGGCCGCCACCAACGGAUUCGACGCUGUGCUCAGGGAGGACAGUACCGUCAACAGGCUGCAGGAAGCGCUCGAUCUGUUUCGUGACGUCUGGAACAGCAAAUAUCUGAGGGGGUCUGGAAUGAUCCUGUUCUUGAACAAGCAAGAUCUACUAAAGGAGAAGGUGGAACGAGGCUCCAAGAUUGAAGAUCAUUUUCCGGCCUACAAGUGCUUCAAAACACACAAAGCUGAAGAGAACAGCUCCGAGUACACGAGGGUCCGGACCUUCAUACGGGAGCUUUUCUUGAACAUCACCCGUGCCGAAGUACCAAGGUCAUGCAGCGACUGCGCUCACUCGGGUCUUCUGUCCAGCGAAUCCAUGGUGAGGGAGUGCUUCUGGCAUUACACGACAGCCACAGACACGGACAACGUCCAGAAUGUCUUCAACGACGUCCACAGCAUGAUCAUUCUCUCUAAUCUCUCCAAAAUGGGACCAAGCUGAAGCUCGGCUGGCAACCCGCUAAACCUCGGCAACUCUAGACGUGCUCGCACGGCGUUCGCUCGCACGGCGUCCGUUAGCAUCUGUACUGAAUAAAUUUUUUCUGUUAAAUAGCAGACAGAAAAACAAAUAUGUGA